AUGGAAACAUUGGCAAGGGAAGAGUUUUUCAAACUUAUUUCAACAGGAGACAGUGUCGGAGUUUGGAAUUUUAUUCAUGAUUAUCAUGAGAAUGCAAUUAAAUUGUCAGAUUUUCAUCAAGAUGUAAUUGUUGGACUGGAAUUGGCAUCGAAAUAUGGAUUUUUAUCAAUAUUUAAAUUAUUAUUGGAUGAAUUAUUGAAUAAUAAAGACGAAUUAUUUAAUGGAAAAAUCAAGGAGAAGCGAUUAUCUGAAUGUCUGUAUUUGGCAUGUGAAAUGAAUCAUUUGGAAAUUGUUAAAUUAAUCUUGCCACACAUUGACAUUGUUUCUCCAAGGAAUCGUGGUGGUAGAUAUGGUGAAUUCAUUGCUCCUAUCAUGAAACCACUUCAAAAAGGAUAUUUUGGGAUAAUUUGGUGGUAUUUUGAAAAAUUUAGUGUGAAUCUAGAUUGUUACUGUAUACCAUCAAGGGGGCAUUAUGAUUGUGAAAAGUAUCCACUCUAUGUUGCUGUAGAAAAUGGACAUUAUAAUGUAGCUCAAUAUUUAUUAGAGAAGGGGGCUAAGGUUGACCAAUUUAAUGAUCAUUCGAUGAUUACUGCCUUGUAUCGUGCAUUUGAACUUAAAGAUGAAGAAAUGAUUGAAUUAUUGUUGAAGUUUGGGGCAAAUUAUCGAAAUGCAAAGCAUUAUAUAUUGAAAGAUGAUGUGCAAGAAGAAUUUAAUUUAGUAAUUUCCAAAGUUUUGGAAAAGAUGGAAAAGAAAAAGAUGAAAAUCUCUGUCAACCUGAGAGCCAACACCCAAUAUACAGAUGUUUUCUUUAACUUUAUAAACUAA